GACUAAAAGUGCGCGGAAUAUUCCUUCCUUUGUGGGACUGGCUGCAGGUACAGCAUCUGUGCAGUCCACGUUCAGCUGUCACUGCUGCGCCUCCACUCCACAGCAAAGUUCCCGCAGCGCGGCCGGCCCAGCGUCUGCUGUUCACACCAUCCAUGAUGAGUUACUACAUGGAUCCAGUUUCUUCCUACGCGGCCCUUCACUCCUUUGACCGUCUGGGCUCAGUGAGGCAAAGUGGAGGUUUGGUAAUGGGCCAAGAGAUCCAGCUCUCAGGUGUGGUUCACCCUCAGCAGCAGUACUACCCAUCACAGCCACUGUACCCCCAAGAUAUACCCCUGCAGGAGGUACCCAACGGGCACGAUCUGUGUCCUACAGAUACAGAUUGUGGAGAUGUGCCUCUGCUAACUCCUGGAAGUAAAGAGAUGGUGUCCCAGGCUUUGAAGGCUACCUUCAGUGGCUUCACAAAGGUACAGCUGCGGCUUGACAUUCCAAAAGAUCCCAGACAGUGGACGGAAAACCAUGUGAUUGAGUGGUUGACAUGGAUAGUGAAUGAUUUCAGUCUGAAGAAUGUUGACUUUGACAAAUUCUGCAUGAAUGGGGCCAGCUUGUGUGCCAUGGGCAAGGAGCGCUUUCUGGAUUUGGCACCGGACUUUGUGGGCGACAUCCUUUGGGAACAUUUAGAGAUGCUUCAGAAAGAGGAUACAAAGCAUUACCCCAUCAAUGGACUGACCUCCUCCUUCCAGGAAUCCCGUUAUACCUCAGACUACUUUGUCAGCUGUGGCAUUGAGCAUGCCCAGUGUGUCCCUCCAUCUGAGUACUCAGAGCCAGGCUUCAUCACAGAGUCUUACCAGACACUUCACCCAAUCAGCUCAGAGGACUUGAUAUCGCUCAAAUAUGAGAGUGAAUAUCCUGCCGCCAUCUUACGGGAUGCGCCCCUCAACUCCCUGCAAGGGGACUACUACUCAGUCAAGCAGGAGGUUUUAUCCCCUGACAACAUGUGCUUGGGACGCCUCAGCAGAGGUAAACUGGGUGGUCAGGACUCUUUUGAGAGUAUUGAGAGCUUUGACAGCUGUGAUCGGUUGACCCAGUCAUGGAGCAGCCAGUCUUCAUUCAGCAGCCUGCAGCGAGUACCCUCUUACGACAGUUUUGACUCAGAGGAUUACCCCAGUGCCCUGCACAGCCAGAAGCCAAAGGGUACCUUCAAAGACUAUGUGAGGGAGCGCUCUGACCUCAGCAAGGAUAAACCCGUCAUUCCCGCAGCUGCACUGGCAGGGUACACAGGCAGUGGUCCCAUCCAGCUGUGGCAGUUUCUACUGGAGCUCCUGACCGACAAGUCGUGUCAGUCCUUCAUCAGUUGGACAGGCGAUGGUUGGGAGUUCAAGCUAUCUGACCCUGAUGAGGUUGCUCGGAGGUGGGGUAAGAGGAAAAACAAGCCCAAGAUGAACUAUGAGAAGCUGAGUCGUGGCCUGCGCUACUACUAUGACAAAAAUAUAAUCCACAAGACAUCAGGAAAGCGCUAUGUCUACCGUUUUGUCUGUGACUUAAAAAGCUUGCUGGGGUACACUCCUGAAGAGCUGCAUGCAAUGUUGGAUGUCAAGCCGGACACUGAUGAAUGAGGACAUUUACCAGAAAGGAACUGAAGGCAAAGGUUUGAGCCAUAUGGACUGGGGCUCGUAAAGUGGUCUUAACUGUUUGAUAGAGUUGUACAUGUUUCUUUUUUCUUUUUUUCUUGAGGACCAAACUGAUUUGAAAUGACUCUUGUCAUCAUUUGCGAGCGCCCGUCUCUGAUUGUGUGUUACAAGGAGACACAAGCUAACACAUAUUCAAACCCUGUAAUAUUUCAGAUGUGUGCAUGAGCGAAUGUGAGGUAUACUGGUUUUACUUUGCAAACCGAGGCAGACUGAGCGCCGGCAGGUAGAGGCCAGGUUCUGUUUUGCCCUUGUAGCACAAUAAGGAGACGUGCAGACUGAGAGGAGGGAGUGAGAGAGAGAAAAAGUUUAAUUUCACUGUUAAGUAGAGAAAGACAAAGGGCAGGUGGACAGUCCCUGCAAAGAAAUGCGGUUGACAAAGAAUAACAUCUGAAGAAGGUAUCUCGUCAUAUUUACAUACAUACUUGUAGUUUCUGUUUGCCAAGGACAAAGUUUUGAGCUUGGACCAAAAGUAUUAUUUAUAAUGCAUCCAGGGUAAAGCUACCAGGUAAAUAGCAGAAAUUAUGACUUCUUUUAAGUGGGGCCCAAAUGUCUUAAACUGAAAUGUGCUGAUUGGUUAUCAGUCCACACUGUAUACGCUGGUCUUAUUCAUAUGUGGUGUGAGGAUCUGCUGCGUUUACUCAUACCAAGAAUGUCUUACAGACAGCCGAAAGUAACCGUUGCUUUUGAAACUGUCGCUUUCACCUUUGCUUUGCAUGUUUGCGACCUUAUUAGAGACACAUUGUCACUGAAACAUGCAUUUUUGCAUAUACCAUCAGUAUUAGCCAUCUGUUGACAAUCGACGUGGGGGAAAUCCAGGAAGACUCAUUUAACAUGCAAAUUAAAGUUCGUUUGUUUCACAGUCUUGUGUUAAAAAUGUUUGUAUCAUCUGCAAGACGUAGUUGAGGAAGUGGAUUUAAAACUCUUUGGAAUGGUGUUCGAAUUGUUUUACAGGUCCAAAGCAUGUAAGUACAGAACAGAAUAUUGUGAAGGUACAGUUUAGGGAAAUGGGCUGAUUCCAGAGAUGUUCGGAAGCCAUUUGUGGUACAUGAAAGCUACUAAAACGAUACGAGGUGUGAUUCAGAAUGACUGACAGAUGGACAAGUUGGCAUUGCUUGGAGACUUAAAGUAUAGGAAUUAUUGAUAGAGGAAUGCAUUUUUGUCUUUGCAGAUUGAUGCCACAUUCAAUGAAAACACGACAGAGCGCAGUGAGGCAUAUAUGUAGG